CUGCUCUCAUGACGCAAACAACCCGGAAGACGUGUGUCUGCUGUCAAUUCCAACGGCUGAGAAGAGCUCUGAAAGCUAAAAUCCCGCAUUUAAGGCAAGAUGGAAGGACUGCCCCGCAGGAUCAUAAAGGAAACUCAGCGUUUGCUGCAGGAGCCUGUCCCAGGCAUUAGGGCGGAGCCAGAUGAAAGCAAUGCUCGCUACUUUCAUGUGGUCAUUGCUGGACCUCAGGACUCGCCUUUUGAGGGGGGCACAUUUAAACUUGAACUCUUUCUACCAGAGGAAUAUCCCAUGGCAGCUCCUAAAGUACGCUUCAUGACCAAAAUAUAUCAUCCCAAUGUAGACAAGUUGGGGAGAAUAUGUCUAGACAUUUUGAAAGAUAAAUGGUCGCCAGCUCUGCAGAUCCGUACAGUGCUGCUGUCAAUCCAGGCAUUACUAAGCGCACCCAACCCAGAUGAUCCUCUAGCAAAUGAUGUUGCAGAGCAAUGGAAGAGUGAUGAAUCCCAAGCCAUAGAAACAGCCAAGACAUGGACCAGGAUUUAUGCUGGAAACAAUUAAGCGUAGAGCAGCCCAACAUGCAGAGAUACAAGUGGAAGUAAAGUGUGAACACAAUUCCUCAUGUUCUGCCAAGACCUCUUCUGACUUCAUUUGCAUUUAAAGGACACAGUCUUAAAUAUAUAAAUACAUAUAUAUUAUGAAAUAAACAUGAAUAUAUUGUAAAGGAAAAAAACAACUGCUGACAAUUGGUGAUUUAAAUGCACACUAGUACUGAAAUGACUCGUUGUCGUCCUAACUCACUACUGUUGAAAUGCAUGGGCAGAGGUUUUAGAUCUUCUCACCUGGCUUUCUUUGUCCAUUGAUUUUCAUAGGCUUUCCCAACUGCUACUUACACAAGCACGUUCGGGGGGGGGGGGUGGGGUUGUGUGGGGGAAUGUGUCCUAAGUCCCACGUUACUGGUGGAAAUUUGGAUUUAGAAGCAGCGGAUUGGAUGGGAAGGGGGGCAUUGGCUACAUGUGGUCAGUAUUGUAUACUUAAAUAAUUUUCUUUUAACUUUGUUUUCUUGUGUCGCUGUUUGCUUAUUAAAGUAGCUAACUACUACUAGCCCACUGUAUCUAGACACUUAACCAGGAGACGGACCAUUAUUUUGUUCUGUGUAGAUGGACAAUAAGGAUGCAGAAACAAUGUAAAGCCUACUUCCUCUUAAAACCACAUCUGGCUGCAUUAAAUACAAAUGAUAUGACUGAAAACCAAACUGAGCCUGCCACUGUCACAUUAACUCGUUCGACCACUCAGUGUAAACUGUAGGCUUGUGAGUGGUGUUGAAGAAAGUUUAGAGGAGGGUGAACAUUGAGGACCUUUUUUUAGUUUUAGCACAUAUGUUUUAUCACCAUAUCCAGUCUUUUAUAUGUGUAUCUUUCGUGCUGUCGCCAUACUAACUUCUCUGCUUUCUGAUUUACUUCUUCCCAUGGCAUUUACUUCACAAAGAAGUGGUUACAUUUGGUCUGUCAGUUGUGAGAAAGGUUGGAGUGCUGAGGGACCUAUCUGUGUGAUAGAUGCUAGGUUGUUGAGGAACAAAACUCCCAAGUGUUCAAUGAAGGCUUUGACUCACCCGUUGUGAUUGGUCUUUGACUGAAAUAUCUGUAUUUAAUUCACUGUUGUAAAAUUCAUUCAUUCUUUCAAUCUGAGGAGGAUUUGUUUCCUGUUCUCAGUGUAAGACAGUCCACCUGCUACUUUUUAUGUUCUGUAAAUAAAAUCUGUUGAUUAAUAAA